AUACACUUCGACGUGACCCGACGCGCGCGCGCGCGGUGGUUGCGCUACGUCACGCCACGUCGGCUACACCGCGCCAGGCAUAUGUCCGUCCCCCUACAGUACAACGCCGCGCAGCUGCCGCAGCUGGAGUAGCGCAUGCGCAGAACAACGCGCCCCUCCGUGCCGCCUGUCGGGGAACUUCCAAACAAAUCUUUUCGCGCGAUCGCCACUGCGGACCGGACUGUUGCUCGGUGAUGGCACGGACGCAGACACAUUUCGCAAGACGAAACAUUAUUCUCGCUUUGUUGGUGCGUCGCCUGCGUCGCAAGAGGAAUAGGUCUCUCUACAUAAGGGAUAUAUUUGACAAGCGUCCAGAGUGUGGAGAGUACCACCACCUAGUACAGGAGCUGCGGAACUGUGAUCCUGAAUACCAUUUCAAGUAUUUCAGGAUGACAAAGGCAUCGUUUGACAAGCUGCUGAGCCUUGUUUACCGCAGGCUUGUUCAUCCUCCUACUCACAGGAGACCCAUCUCACCGGCAGAAAGGCUCGCGGUGACAUUGAGAUUUUUGGCCACAGGAGGGUCCAUGGAGGACAUUGCAUUGAGCUACCGAAUGCAUGCAUCUACUGUAGCUAGCGUACUGAAGGAGACAUUACCAGCGAUCUGGGACUGCUUGAGGCCCCUGGUACUCGCACGCCCAAGCACACAGAGGUGGCGCGACAUAGCAGAGGAAUACUAUGACAAAUGGGAUUUUCCAGACACAAUAGGGAGCAUUGACGGCAAGCAUUUUGCGAUCAAAUGUCCUAACAAGAGCGGCUCAGACUUCUACAAUUACAAGGGUUUCUAUUCGCUAAUUAUGCUGGCUAUAGCAGACGCCAACUAUAGAUUUAUAAUGGUGGACAUCGGAGCCCAAGGCCGAUAUUCAGACGCCUCUUUUUUUAAGAGGAGUCCCCUCCAGGCACUAUUUGAAGAGGGUGCUCUGGGGCUGCCUUCAAAUAUUUCGAAGUGGCCACCUUGUUUGGUUGGCGAUGCAGCCUUCCCUCUGCGGACUUACCUGAUGCGGCCCUACCCUGGGAGGAAGCUGGAUGAUAGAAAAAAGGUUUUCAAUUACCGCUUGUCGAGGGCACGCAGGUGCAUUGAAAAUGCUUUCGGCAUUCUAGUCUCCCGUUGGCGGGUGUUUCUUGGAACGGUGGAAGGCGCACCAGAGCUCCUCAACAACAUGAUUCAGGCUGCCGUGUGUUUGCACAAUUUUCUUAUGGCAGACGCUGCCUACUGCCCUGAUCAGUACAGCGACACGCUGUGCGGCGAGACGGUGUCUGACGGAGAAUGGCGCCGCACUGUCACUGAAAUUGGCACAAGGACAGUGCCGUCAAACAACCGCCCCACUUCAGCUGCCAUGGCAAUGAGGGACGAAUUAGCAGACUAUUUUAUGUCUGCAGAAGGCUCACUGCCGUGGCAGCUGAAGGUUGUCAGGCGAUGCUAAAAUAUCCUGUAAAUAUGCAUGCAUAGUUUGUACAUGUUCUCUUUAUUCCUAGCAGAACACUGUUCGAGUGCUGUGUUUUGUAAGACUGUAUUAUAUGUAAUAUUUUUUGUUAUUUUUCCCGCAUUUCUCUUAUGUUUAGCACUGCCUUACAAGCUGAUUUUUUGUAGCUUAUUGAUUGCUGUUUGUUUAUGUAUUUUAACUACGUGCACAUUUCGCUGGUUUUAUACGCAUGCAAUCCACUGCUUCUUAUGUUACCAAGAAUUGUAUUUUUCAUUCUUUUUCUGAGUAAUGUUAUUUUUUCUUCAUUCAGUUGUAUUUGUAACUCUUCUUCAAGCGCGUUAUUACUGCAAGCAUUUUUGGCUCUUAUGUGUUUUUUCUGUGGU